AUGAAGGCGCUAACAGAUGACAAGAUUAUUGCCGUUGGUGUCUGUGGCAUGGGCGGCAUUGGAAAGACAAGCAUGGUGAGACAUGUAGCUGCACAAGCCUGCAGAAAUGGUACUUUUAACCAUUGGAUUAUGGCUGUCGUAUCCCAAAACCUUGACUUGAAAAAAAUUCAAGGUACAUUGGCAGAUUUGUUGGGCAUCAAAUUCGUUGAGAAGACAGAAGAUGGAAGAGCCGCUAGGUUGCAUAAUGAGAUAAUGAAAAAAGAAAAACUCCUGAUAAUUGUGGACGAUGUUUGGGAGAGAACAGAGUUGUCAAAGAUAGGGAUUCCCACCUACAAUGAGCUUCAAAAGUGCAAGUCCAAAGUGCUACUCACCACAAGAAGAUUGAAUGUCUGUCAUGCCAUGAAGUGCCAUAAACAGAUCAGUCUCAAAGCUCUCUCAGAUCAAGAUUCUUGGACCUUGUUUGUGAGAAAUGCAAGACGAUCGUUUGAAUCGCCCACCUUCGUGAAUGUAGCGAAGAAGGUAGCUGGAGAAUGUAAGGGUCUACCAAUUGCACUGAUAGCAGUUGCAAGGGCACUCGGAGAUAAGGACCUGGCAGAAUGGGACAAAGCAGCACAACGACUAGAGAAGUCGCAAAGUGCCAACCCUGACCACGAGGAAGAUGCAUUUAAAUGUAUGAAAUUAAGCUAUGAUUACUUGAAAGAUGAGGAGUACAAGUCAUUCUUCUUACUCUGUUGUUUAUUCCCAGAAGAUCAUGUUAUCAAUAUAGAAGACUUGUUUAGGUAUGCAAUCGGGAUAGGACUGUUUCGAGAUGCCGAGACAAUAUAUGAAGCGAGAGGAACAGCAUAUACAGUGGUCAAGUACUUGAUAGAUUCUAGCUUGCUUUUGGAAAGUGAUCUACCAUAUAGACGUGUAAGGAUGCAUGAUGUCGUCCGAGAUACAGCCCUGAAUAUUUCAAAAUCUGAAGGUGGGCAUCGGUUUUUGGUAAAAGCUGGAUGUGGUUUAGAUGAUUGGCCAAGUCGAUUACUCUUAGACGAAGGCUGCACUGCUAUUUCACUAAUGCAUAAUCGUAUACGCGAGCUACCACCGCAUUUGGUAUGUCCUAAACUCCAGAUUUUGUCAUUGAGCCAUAAUGACGAACUAAGAGUGAUCCCAGAAACCUUUUUUCAAAGCGCCAAUGAAUUAAGAGUCUUAGAUCUUAGGGACAUUGAUAUUUCACUACUACCUCAAUCAUUUGGUCUCCUAACCAACCUUCGAGCUCUUUAUUUAGAUUGCCAGAGCCUAACUGAUAUUUCCAUGGUGGGGAAACUUACGAAGCUUGAGGUUCUUCGUAUGCAAUACGUUCGAUUAAAGGAAUUAUCGAGAGAAAUAGGAAAUUUGACCAAUCUGAGGGUGUUGGAUGUCACUGACGGAUAUAUUUAUAAGAUUCCAUCCAAACUGUUAUCAAAGUUGCAUAGUCUAGAAGAACUCUACCUGCGAUGUCGAUUUGUGGACUGGGGAAGCAAGGUGGACGGAGAAGGGGAUGAAACCAAUUCUGCCUUUGAUGAGGUAACUGGCUUGUCAAAAUUAAGAAUUCUGCAUGUUUGGAUCUACAAUGAAGAAUGUAUCCCCAAACUUGUUGAGCGCAAUCCGAAUUGGGUCGGGUUUUAUAUAUAUAUCGGCAAAGAUGAAGAAAGGCUAUCCGACGUAUAUGAGUCUUAUCGACAUGAUGAUACUGAUCAGAGGACCAUAUUCUUGAAACUUGACUCGAUCAGUAACUUCCCGGACUGGUUUUUCAACACGGUGAUAAAAAAAGCAGAGAAGCUAGUGAGGUGGUAUAAUUGCCCACAGACUAGUUUAAUCGACGUUUUUGUGGAAUAUGAGAGGGGAAGUUUACAUAGCCUGAAGCAUCUCACUGUUGAUGGUACCGGUGAUUACGAGCCGAUGAACACAUCAAAAUGGGUUCCAAAAGGUAUUCCGAAGAAAAAAACAUGGGUUCCAAAAGAACCUCUGUUCGAGAACUUGGAAGAGUUAUAUCUGCUUAGGCUGGAUUGCGCCGAGUUAUGUGCUGUUGAAUUUCUACCACCUGGGUCUCUAAGCAAUUUGAAGUUCUUGGACAUAGAAUCUUGUUACAACUGGGGGAAUGUUGUUUUACCAUCAAUAUUGUUAGAGAGACUACCAAAUCUGGAAGAACUAAAGUGUAGUUCAAUGGACGAGAUUGAAUAUGUGUUUAGGUAUGAAGCGUUACUGGAGACAGAACAAUCAAAAUUGAGAAAGAUAGUGUUGUUUGAUCUAGUGACUGUAAGAAGCAUACGUGAGGGACCUACUCCACCUGCAAUGUUUCAGAAUCUUCAAACUUUGUCCAUUAAAUGGUGCAACUUGGAGGGAAGUCUCUUCACCUAUGAUGUUGCUCAGUGUCUUUCUCAGUUGAAUUUCUUAGAAUUACACCAAUGCCCCCUGUUGGAAAGGAUAGUUGAAGCAAGCAACAAGAAGAUCAUCCUUCCAAGAUUAAAAAAAUUAACUUUGACGAAACUUCCGGUGUUGUACUAUGAAAGUGCUACUUUUGAUAUCAAGUGUCCUUCGUUGGAAGAAUUGAAAUUGUGGUACUGCCCCAAGUUUUCAGUGUCUGUUCCUGACUUCCACAGCGAGAAACAGGUCCAACUCCAUGAUACACCUCCAUGA